AGCUGAGCAGCCUCAGGGCUGGCUUUGGGGUAAUACUGGCGUCCUUAGUUUUGCAAGUGAGCGAUGCAGGCCUCCUGGGGUCGUUCUGUUCCGGCGCCGGGACCGCGGCCACUCCCAUCCCAGAGAGGAGGGUGCCUUUCUCCUAGGACAGCUUGGUCAGGUGACCUUGGCGGCUCGUACUCAGCCAGGGACCCGGAAGGACGAGGGAUCAGGAGGCCGCGGGCGUGCGGGCAGGACGGCGGGCGCGGGGCCAUGAGGUCCCCGAAGCUGCCUGGGCUCGUACUCUCGCUGCUGCUGCUGCUGCUGCCGCCGCCGGGUGCAGUUGGCGGCGCCGCGCGCUUCGACCCCACCUGGGAGUCCCUGGAUGCACGCCAGCUGCCCGCCUGGUUCGACCAGGCCAAGUUCGGCAUCUUCAUCCACUGGGGCGUGUUCUCCGUGCCCAGUUUCGGGAGCGAAUGGUUCUGGUGGUAUUGGCAAAAGGAAAAGUUACCAAGUUAUGUGGACUUUAUGAAAAAUAAUUACCCUCCUGAUUUCACAUAUGCAGAUUUUGGACCACUAUUUACAGCAAAAUUUUUUGAUGCAAACCAGUGGGCAGAUAUUUUACAGGCUUCUGGUGCCAAAUAUGUUGUCUUAACUUCCAAACAUCAUGAAGGCUUCACCUUGUGGGGCUCAGAGUGUUCGUGGAACUGGAAUGCUGUAGAUGAGGGGCCGAAGAGGGACAUUGUCAAGGGACUUGCAGGAGCCAUUAGGACCAGGACUGACCUGCGCUUUGGACUGUACUAUUCCCUUUUUGAAUGGUUUCAUCCACUCUUCCUUGAGGAUGAAUCCAGCUCAUUCCAGAAACAACAAUAUCCACUGUCUAAGAUGCUGCCCGAGCUCUACGAGUUAGUGAACCAGUAUCAGCCUGAGGUCCUGUGGUCAGAUGGUGAUGGAGGGGCCCCAGAUACCUACUGGAACAGCACAGUCUUCCUAGCAUGGUUGUACAAUGAGAGCCCAGUUCGGGACACAGUGGUCACCAAUGACCGUUGGGGAGCUGGUAGCAUCUGUAAGCACGGUGGCUACUAUACCUGCAGUGAUCGUUAUAACCCAGGACAUCUUUUGCCACAUAAAUGGGAAAACUGCAUGACAAUAGACCAGUUUUCCUGGGGCUAUAGGAGGAAUGCUGGAAUCUCUGACUAUCUUACAAUUGAAGAAUUGGUGAAGCAACUCGUAGAAACAGUUUCAUGUGGAGGAAAUCUUUUGAUGAAUAUUGGGCCCACAAAAGAUGGCACCAUUUCUGCAAUUUUUGAGGAGCGAUUAAGGCAAAUGGGGACCUGGCUAAAAGUCAAUGGAGAAGCCAUCUAUGACACCCAUGCUUGGAGAUCCCAGAAUGACACUGUCACCCCAGAUGUAUGGUACACGUCCAAACCUAAAAACAAAUUGGUCUAUGCCAUGUUUCUCAAAUGGCCCACAUCAGGACAGCUGUUUCUUGGUCAGCCCAAAGCUACUCUGGGGGCAACAGAGGUUGAACUACUGGGACAUGGACAGCCACUUCAAUGGACUCCUUUGGAGCAAAAUGGCAUCAUGGUAGAACUGCCUCAGCUAACUGUUCAUCAGAUGCCCUGUAAGUGGGGCUGGGCUCUAGCACUAACUAAUGUGACCUGAUUUGCAGUAGAGUGCUUCCUGAUGCAGUUAUAUCUAAGACUAGAAUGUAUCAGGUUUCUAUAAUUGUAGCACACAGAGAAAGCAAAUGUAAAAUUGGCCCAGAA